AUGCAAACAUUAUGUAUGUUUAUCUUAGUGGCUUAUAAUAAAAACUCAUUAUUAUCGGCAGAAGCUGGGCUGAAAUACUUCGUGUUGGGGGCACUAUCUUCGGGGUUGUUCCUGUUUGGUUGCGCCUUAAUUUAUGGCUCCACAGGAGAGCUUGAGCUUCAAUUUAUUCGUAUGAGCAUAGUAUCUUAUGAGAUAUUAGCUGGUAAAUGUUUUAUUACUAUCUCAUUGUUAUUUAAAGUAUCUGCAGCCCCAUUUCAUAUGUGGGCCCCCGAUGUCUACGAGGGGGCUCCAACUUGGGUAGCUGCGCUAUUAUCUAUCGUGCCUAAACUGGGAGUACUAGCUAUUAUAGUACAAAUAGGCUUAAAUGAAAUGGGGUUAUUAAUAGCCGGAUUAAUUUCUUUGAUUGUCGGGGCUAUAGGAGCUUUGAAUCAAACUCGAAUAAAAAGACUACUAGCUUAUAGCGGGAUAAGUCACAUGGGGUUUGUGUUGCUUGGAAUAGCCAUUGGGUCUAUAGAAAGUCUUCAGGCGAGUUUAAUGUAUAUAGGUGCCUAUAUAAUAACUCAAGUUCUACUUUGGUCUGUAGUACUAAUUAUAUCCCCUAAAAGAGACAUGCUUAUUGAAUUUAGUGGUGUUUCAAGAUUAAGCCCAAUGUUAGCACUAGCAUUAGCUACAGGUUUAUUGUCUACUGCAGGAAUUCCCCCUUUAAUUGGGUUUUUAACUAAAUGGUAUAUUAUCUUAGCAGCUGUUGGUAAAGGUUACUAUAUUAGCGCUUUAACAGCUUUAGUUUGUUCCGUGAUAGCUGGAGUUUAUUACCUUAGAUUAGUUAAAAUUAUGUUUUAUCAACCUUUGUCAACGCCUUUAGUAAUAACAAAGAUACUAAAUUCUCCACGUGGCAGCGUAGCACCGGAGGAAACGGGCUUAGGCAAGGCAAUAUUAAUAGGGGCAAGUUUAUAUUUAGUAUUAACAAUUAUAGUAUGUCCUAGUUUGUUCUUUCAGUUAACACAUUUAAUUAUUUUAGAUUUAUUCCCAUGUAUCUUCU